AGGUGACUCCGAAGAUAAAAACAUCCGGUAUUAGGAUGUUAUAAUUUUAGGAGGUUUUAUCGCGUGUGCUGAUUCUGCUGAAAAAGUUCAGUAGCAGAUGACACACUGACUACACACAGACACUUGAGGUUGUCAGUGAAGUCAUGAUGGCGAAUCCAGUGAGUGUUCAGACUCUGAGUAAGACAUGGGAACUGAGUCUAUAUGAACUACACCGAACGCCGCAGGAGGCUAUCAUGGACAGCACAGAGAUUGCUGUGUCGCCCAGAAGCCUCCACAGUGAGCUUAUGUGUCCCAUCUGUCUGGACAUGCUGAAAAACACCAUGACGACCAAAGAGUGUCUGCAUCGUUUCUGCUCCGAGUGCAUCGUCACCGCACUCCGAUCAGGAAAUAAAGAAUGCCCGACCUGCAGGAAGAAGCUUGUGUCCAAGCGUUCUCUACGUGCUGACCCAAAUUUUGAUGCCCUGAUCUCUAAGAUGUACCCUAGCCGUGAUGAGUAUGAGGCCCAUCAGGACAAAGUUCUGGAGCAGCUCAGUCGACUGCACAACAAUGAUGCACUCAACAGCAGCAUCGAGCAGGGACUGCGCAUGCAGGCCAGACACAGAGCUCAGCGUGUCCGUAAGCUGCAUCCAGAGAGUGAAAACACUACCUUUAGCGGUGGUGAAGACAACGGUGACACUCGUUCACAUGUCUCGCAUGACUCCGUGCCUUCACACCAUACCUCUGCCCCUGUAAGCUACGCUCCUGAGGCUGGACCGAGUUGCAGUAAAAAGCAGCAAAUGUCUGAUGAUUCUGGACCUGAGGCUUUUGGAGGGAGUCGUACACCUCCUGGACAACUGCCAGGCCAUGGGCUGAGCUCAGAAAUUGAACUUAUAUUUUGCCCACAUCCCCUGCUGGUCAACAACCAACAGUACAGCCAGACAAGAUAUGUCAAAACCACAGCCAAUGCCACUGUAGACCACCUCUCCAAAUACCUGGCUCUCCGCAUUGCUCUGGAGGAAAGUCAGAGUGCCACGCAGGGGAACAGAAAUAUGGAGGGAGGGCCAGGAGCUGGCAACAGUAGUAAUAGUUGUGUGCAGGAUGUCAGUGAAAAACAGUUUACUAUCUACAUCAGCACAGCACGAGGACAGUUCUCUACACUAAAUGGCUCUUUGACUUUGGAGCUGGUUAAUGAGAAGUUCUGGAAGGUCUGUAAGCCUCUGGAACUCUUCUAUGCUCCUACACAAGUCCAGAAGCAGCAGCAGGAGAAUCAGACACCUCAACUGGGACAGAUGGAUGUUAUCUAAAUCAUCUUUAAUCUAAAGGCGAAUGAUACAACUCCUUAUACAACUGUGACUAACUCCUGAGUUCAUCAAUGUCACCACAAUCCUCCUUCACAGAUACAUGAACCUCCAGUUUAGACCAAUACUACUCAAACCUGUCCUGGGGACCCCCCUUCACUGCACAUUUUGGCUGUCUCCCUUUAUGGAUACACCAAUUUGGGGUUUUGAAGUCUCUACUAAUGAGCUGAUAAGUUAAAUCAGGCAUGUUAGAUGAAAGCGAAAUCUAAAAUGUGCACUAGUGGAAGACAGGUUUGAGAACCAUUGGUCUAGACAAAUAGUCAGUGCUUGCCCAGCCAUUUUUUUUUCUAUGUACUAUAGCAAAGCAAUCACCUUAGAUAAGGCAAUAAACAUAAAUUUGUAGAAACGAUUGCAUUGGUUUGCUCCAAUAGCUACACUUGUAAUCUUGGAUAAUUGACAGUGUGUGCAUACAACAGAACAUGUUCAGAACAUGUCCAUUCUGAAAAAUGGCAAAACUCAGUGGCCUUAACACACACUAAAUUCACAUUAUCUUUAAUAUUACAUCGCAGCUGUAUUUGAGGCUAAGUGUAUCCCAUCAUUUAUCAUCGUCAUGAACUCACCCAAAAUUGUGAUGUCAAGAAAACUUUCCAGUGUAAGUUAAAUAAAUUAGAUACUGCAUAUGCUUUGACAUUAAAAUGUUGCAGAGAUGUG